UUAUUUCUUAAGGCAGUUAUUCAUAACUCUUACGCUAUUGAUGAAGAAUUUGUUGUAUUAUUAUUAGUUUUCCAUUUUGAUUACGAGUUCAUUAAUAUUCGUGAAAUAUUGCUUGACCUACAGUAUUAUGAAAGGACAAAGAAGUACACUGAUGCUGUAGUUGCCUAUAAAAGUGGUAGUCGUUAUGAAGAAGUAAUCAAUUUAAUGCAAAGGCACAAAAAAGAAAUUGAUGAGAAGAUAUUUCAUAGUAUUACCUGA